AUGUCAGAUUCUCAAGCCCAAGCCUACGGGAAAGCUAACCAGCCCGCUCAAACUCUUCAACAAUCGCCUCAGCAGCAGAAAAUUGCCAAUAAAAUAUUGGAAAUCAAGUAUAACCGUAUUGAAGAAUUGAAUAACCGGUUAAAACAAAGCUUACAAAAGGAACGGAUCCCAGCUUCUUCUGUAUCGUUGUUGAUAAUCAACAACACCCAAACGGUGCCUGAUUAUUUGAUUCCGUAUCUUUGGAAAUUGGAUCCAAAGCUCAGUAAAUUUCGCCAGUAUCAACAACUUAAGGAGUCAAGAGCUGAAAAAGAGGUGAACGUUGGUUGCUGUACCAUUGUCUAG